ACAUUAAACGUAUUUAGUAUGAGUAAACAUUCAACGUGUUUAGUAACGUCAAAAAAGCGCAAUUUCAGACAUUAUUUCCGGGUUGAGGCAAUAAACUAUGGAACGGAGCUUGGACUGGAGCUGACCUGGUUCAUAACGGAUCCUGAAACGUGACUCUACAGACGAGGCGUGGCGAAUUUUCUCUUGUGGUACUUUCAUGUCAUCCGCCUGUCGGGUCUCUGUUGCGUUGUGUGAAGGCAAACACUUCCUAACAUCUUCCUAACAAGCUCCCCUCCCAUUUGCCUGCUACAAAAGUAAUCCUCACCAUAUCCAACAAAGGUCUACAAAAGAAAAAGCUUGAACUAGAGGUCAGCCAGACGACAACAGAUCACAAGCAAAAAAAGUACAGACAGAAAAUGGAUCCCAGCUGGAAUUCAUCAGAUAAGUCAGGCAUUGCGCAGCCUGCACCUCCACCAUACCAGGCAAACCAAGGAUACCCUAAUGCUGGAUAUCCACCCCAGCAAUAUGGACCUCCAGGUGGCCAACCAAUCCCACAGGCUCAAUAUCCAGGACAGCCUCCGAUCACUGUACAGCCGACAGUUUAUGUGGGCCCCACUCCACUGGCAAAUCCACUGCCGGAUUACCUGGGUUACUCCAUCUUUACCAUGCUGUGCUGCUGUUUACCACUGGGCAUUGCUGCUCUGAUUCACUCCAUGUCUACUCGAAAUGCCAACAUGUCCGGACAACAACAAUUAGCGGAGAAAAACUCCAGAAUGGCACGCAUACUUAAUCACACUGCUGUUGGUUUGGGUAUCACUUUCAUUGUAGUGUAUAUCAUCAUUGUCAUUGUCUACGCUAUACGUUUACACUAAAAAAAGUUUCAGGGUUGCACAUGAUUUUUCUUAAAAAAAAAAAUUGGAUCUAUGUAAUUUAAUUAUGUACACCAGUUCAACAUGAUUGAAUCGGGUUUUCUUAAAACUAAAUUAAUUUAAAUUUAUGUUACUUUCAUUUUAAGAAAACCUAAUUUAAUUAUGUUCAAGAAGUUUUUUUCAGUGUAUAAAGUGACAGCGAUCAAUGCAGUGUUUCGAAUAUGAUGUUAUUAAAAUGUUUGAUAUUCUGCUUUUGAAUGUAAAAGCUUUAUGUAUAAUGGUCACUUUGUUUAUGCUAAACAUCAAUGGGUGGUGCCGUGCAUAUAACUAAUAAUGACAUGUUGACUCAUAUUGACUUGAUUAAUUCAUUGGUUUAUUUUUUUUUACUUAAUUAAAAAGAAUGAUUUGACUUUUUGUUGUGCUUUAACAGAAUUAAACUUUCAGGGUUAAUGAGACAUUUCUUAAAUUUUUGGUGAGUUUGGUGAACAAAAUAUAAAUGCAUUUACCAUUUGCAGUAUAUUUUCAGCUAUAACCAUAUGUAACUGGUUUAUAGUCUACUAUUAUAAUAUCCUGUGCCAGACAUUUUAUCCUACUAUUCUGUAUGUGCUGUGUGCAUUAAUGAGAACAAUAAAACCUCCAGUAAUCAUCAA